GCGCUGUGGGACUGCCGGGCAGCUCGGGCUGCGCAUCGAGUGCAGGCGCCGCCGCCUCUCUGCUCCCCCGACCUGCCUCGCCGCCGCCGCCGCCGCUCUCCGUCCUCCGACUCUCCGCCCCGCCGCCACCCGGCUCCGGCUCCGGUUCCGGCUCGGGGCGCUCUCCGCCGCCGCCACCUGGGGAUCGUGCGAGGGGUGGUCGCCCUUGCCGAAAGGAACCAUGAAUUGGCAUUUUCCUUUCUUCCUUGUGGCCACAGUGACGUUGCCCAAUGUGUGCUCCCAGUUCAACCCCCUGUCUCUGGAGGAACUGGGCUCCAACACAGGAAUCCAGGUUUUCAAUCAGAUCGUCAGAUCCCGGCCUCAUGACAACGUGGUCGUGUCCCCCCACGGGAUUGCGUCCAUCCUGGGGAUGCUUCAGCUGGGAGCUGAUGGCAGGACCAAGAAGCAGCUCACCACAGUGAUGAGAUACAGCGUGAAUGGAGUCGGUAAAGUGUUAAAGAAGAUCAACAAGGCCAUCAGCUCCAAGAAGAAUAAGGACCUUGUGACCGUGGCCAAUGCAGUGUUCGUGAAGAACGGCUUCAAGAUGGAGGUGCCUUUUGUCACCCGGAACAAAGACGUGUUUCAGUGUGAAGUCCAGAACGUGAGCUUUGAGGAUCCAGCCUCCGCCUGUGAUUCCAUCAACAUGUGGGUUAAGAACGAAACCAGGGGUAUGAUCGACAGCCUGCUCUCCCCAGAUCUCAUCGAUGGUGCGCUCACCAGACUCGUCCUGGUCAAUGCCGUGUAUUUUAAGGGUUUGUGGAAAUCACGGUUCCAACCCGAGAACACGAAGAAACGUACGUUUGUGGCAGCCGAUGGGAAGUCGUAUCAAGUGCCCAUGCUAGCCCAGCUCUCUGUGUUCCGAUGCGGGUCUACAAGCACCCCCAAUGAUUUAUGGUACAACUUCAUCGAACUGCCCUACCACGGGGAAAGCAUCAGCAUGCUGAUCGCCUUGCCAACCGAGAGCUCUACCCCGUUGUCGGCCAUCAUCCCUCACAUCAGCACCAAGACCAUAGACAGCUGGAUGAGCACCAUGGUGCCCAAGAGGGUGCAGGUCAUCUUGCCCAAGUUCACAGCUGUAGCACAGACAGACCUGAAGGAGCCGCUGAAAGCUCUUGGCAUCACUGAGAUGUUCGAGCCAUUGAAAGCAAAUUUUGCAAAAAUAACAAGGUCAGAAAACCUGCAUGUUUCUCACAUCUUGCAGAAAGCAAAAAUUGAAGUCAGCGAAGAUGGGACCAAAGCUUCAGCAGCAACAACUGCGAUUCUAAUUGCAAGGUCGUCGCCUCCCUGGUUUAUCGUAGACAGACCUUUUCUGUUUUUCAUCCGACAUAAUCCUACAGGUGCUGUCUUAUUCAUGGGGCAGAUACACAAACCCUGAAGAGUGUGCAGGAGAAACCAGGCAAAGCUAAGGCUCCUUUGCAAUGAAAAUAAGACUCCUUUCCUACAUCUUUCAUAGUUCUGUUAAAUAUUUUUGUACAUUACUUUCUUUUUCAAAACUAGUUCUUAGGAACAGAGACUCAAUGAUGCAAGCAUUUCUGUUCUGGGAUAUAUAUCAAAGGGAAAAGGGGCAGGAUGGCUGGAGCACUGUACUGACAGGUGAAUAGAAAGGCUUCAAAAUGUCUAAAAAAAAUCCUUUAAACUACUGAGCUAACCCUCUUGAGUAUUUACUGUCCAGUUCAGGAGUUUUGUUUUGUUUACACAUGUGGCAUUUCGGAAGAAAUUGAAUCAGUGUGAUGGGGGAAAAAAUUAAAAAAAUAAAAAAUAAAAAACACAAAAACACAUUUUAUGGUAGCUUUUACUUUUUUAUGAAAAAAAUAUUAUUGGCCUUUUUAAAUUCUUUUGUUUUGGUCUCAUCCAAAGUCUUGAUAGUAAGCAUUAUUUCGGGGGUAGAAAUAGUAAAAUCUCUAGCCUCUUUGGGUGUUUUUGUUGUUGUCGUUGUUGUUUUUCUAUAAUGCAUGUAUUCACUAAAAUAAAGUCUAAAAAAAGAAUGUCUUGCUAGACAAGGUUUGCUGUUCUGCAGUGUGCCUGUCACUACUGCUCUGUACUCUUUGGAUUUGCAUUUUUGUAUUUUGUACAAAGUAAAAAAUAAAGUGUUAUGAGUAGUAAAAAAAAAAA